UUCCUCCCCCUCCUCCUCCUCCUUCUGCUUUCUGAACAUGGUUAGCAGCCUCGUGUCUUCCUCUCUAAAACAAAUGCUCCUAAACUUGAAGUCCAAACUUCCCAUUCUGUUCGGCUGGACAGUGCGCCACUCCAAAUCCACGUUGUGUUUAUCGGCAUUUAGCACUAAUGUUCAAGCUGUGUGCUAAAAGCUACAGUUUCGCCUCAACUCCUGCGCCUCAAUUGGCUGAGAAGGGUCAGCUGACACUGUCAUAUUGUCUCUCACCGAGCCAAGCCUCGGCUAUAACACUCGGGUUUGUGCGUCUUAACCGAAGAUUGGAAAUUAAUAAUAUUCAAUCGUCAAAGUAGCUCAAGUCCACUUAGGACGGCAGAAAGUCGAGGAAAAAAAACAGAAGAUCCCGGAGAAAGGUGGAGUUGGUUGACACAGACGGGAGGAGAUUGAAAAGAGACCGAUAAAGAAGUGGGGAGAGUUGGAGAGAGGGUUUCCAAAGCAAGGCAUGAAUUCUUAUUUUGCAAACCCGUCGCUUUCGUGCCAUUUAUCCGGUGGCCAAGACGUCUUGCCUAACGUCCCCUUAAACUCUACCACCUAUGACACAGUCAGACAUUUUUCGUCGUACGGCGCAGCUGUGACCCAGAAUCGGAUAUAUGCACCUUUCUACUCCCCUCAAGAUAAUGUGGUUUUCGGCUCCAGCAGGGCACAGUAUGAGUAUGGAUCAAACGUGUUUCUUCAGGACAAGGAGGUGCUGCCCAGCUGCAGGCAAACGAACAUGGGACUCAACACACAAAGCCACAUUGCUCAAGAAUACAGUCUGGAUCAAGGAAGAGCAGGAACUCAGGAGCAGAAAAGUAACAUCCCGAUCUACCCGUGGAUGCAGCGAAUGAACUCACACAGCGCAGGAGUGGGCUACGGGACGGACAGGCGCAGAGGACGUCAAAUCUACUCCCGCUACCAAACGCUAGAGCUGGAGAAGGAGUUCCACUUCAACCGCUACCUGACCCGGCGCAGGCGCAUCGAAAUCGCCAACGCGCUGUGCCUGACGGAGCGGCAGAUCAAAAUCUGGUUUCAGAACCGCCGCAUGAAGUGGAAGAAGGAGAGCAACCUGACCUCCACGGUGACUGGAAGUGAACAGACAGGAGCCUCGCAGGAGAACGAGCGCAGUGGCGCAACGGAAGAAGGGAAGGAGGAUGACAAGAAGAAAGAAUAGUUCAAAAGAAAUGGGAAAGAGGGAGAAAAUCACCCACUGACCAUUUGAAUCCAACAUAACUACCUAAAAAAGAAAAACUACCUAAAAAUGUAUGGACUUGAGAGCGACUUCACUGCAUGAUGGCUUCCCCGCUGCUCUUUAUCUCCUGUUGACCACAGGAGUGUGGAGCCACAUAUUCAAAUAAUACAGUUUGGUCCUUGUGACAUUUGGAACAUUGAGCUUUUAUAUAUAUAUGUAUAGUUAUUAUUAUUAUUAUUAAUAAUAUUAUUAUGGAAGUUUCUUCAUUCCUACCAUAAAGAUCUGUUUUCCGUCAGUUUCCGUCCCUGGAAAUCUGUGUAUUUAUCCCCCACACCACAUUCAUCACUGUGAACUCUUUGAUCACCUCACUAAAUAUAGUGUUGGCUUAACUUAGCUCAUUAUAGUACAUGCACAUUCCACGGCAUUAAGGAAAAAGAGCGGGCGGACACUUUUUGAGUGUUGACCAGUACUUGAAUCUCCGCAGAUAUAAGUGCCCUGCUUUGACUAUGAAGUUGCACGGAUCGCGUCCAGUCCUCACACAAUCACAACUGAAAUGCCUGUAUAUAAGAAAUGCAACAUUGUGUAAGUCCCCCCCAAAUAUCCGCACAUUUACUCGAUUUUGUUAGGCGCUGCGUAAAAAAGAAAAUAGCGCCUUUAAUCACCUCUCCCCCCCCCUUUUUUAAAAAAAAAUAAUAAUAAUUUGACACCAUAAGGUUUUCAUGUGAGAAACAUUUGUACACUUGCAAUUCUUCACUUUUGUUUGAGAGAUAUGUAUUUGUGUUUUGUCAUAGUUGUGUAUCAUUAAAUAAAAUCUUUG